CUUCCUAUUUCAAUGGUUCGGUGGCGCAAUCGGUUGUAUAGUUUUACCCACAACAUUGUAAACAUCGUGAACACGAAGAAUAAUAACUGAGGACACAAUAUUUCUUCUGCGUUGUUUAAUAAUGGAGGCCAACGUUACAAAGCCCUUUGUGAAGAAGAAACAAAACAUGAAGCGCUACUUCAUGGAAGGGGAUGGCAAGGAAUUAUCAACAAAUAAAGCUUCCAAAGACAUGAAAAAACAUUCUCCAGAAAAGAAGGGCUCAAAACCUAUUGGUGAAAAGAGAUUCAAAAAGCCAAUCAAGAUGAGAACAUAUUCUGACAAAGAUGGGCAACAAAAGACUCAGCAGGUGUUCAAAAUUGACAUUAGCAAAACCGAGAGACACAGAAAAUGGCAGAUGAAAAAGCAACGUCAGGCGCAGGGAGAACAGAGGAAACUGCAACACAGAAAACACAUGCGAGAGCAACAGGAUCCAUUUCCUGGGGAUGCACCCAUACCCAAGGAACGCAUACAGAAAUAUGAGCGUGGGGAACACAUCAAAGACACGGGUACCCGUACAGGUCAAGGGUCGAGGAAGCUGGCUGAGCAGGAGAAGAAGCUGCAGUUUGCUGCCAGACAGGCUGCCCGCACAGAGAUCCUGCUCCAUGAAGAGGCAGGGUUCCUAGAGGCAGAUGAGGGUGAGGACACGACCUCCAUCACACAACACGACCUGGCAGGGGUGGUGGACAUCACUAGCGCCCAGAAAUUUUUCGAGUUAAAGCUCCCUGACUUUGGCCCCUACAGUGUCAACUACACUCGUAACGGGCGGUUCCUACUGAUGGGAGGGGUCAAAGGUCAUGUGGCGGCCAUUGAUUGGAUGACCAAGAAGCUUCUGUGUGAGGUUAACGUCAUGGAAACGGUCAAUGAUGUCAAGUGGCUGCACCAGGAGACAAUGUUCGCUGUCGCCCAGAGACAGUGGACCUACAUGUACGACAACCAAGGCAUAGAGCUGCAUUGUCUUAAGAAGCUGGACUGCGUACUGCGCAUGGAGUUCCUGCCCUUUCACUUCCUCCUGGCCUCAGCGAACUCGAAGGGCUACCUGUCAUACAUUGACGUGUCUAUAGGGGAGAAGGUGGCAGGGUACAGCACACAGAUGGGCAGACUGGAUGUCAUGUGUCAGAAUCCCAGCAAUGCCAUAGUCACCCUUGGGCAUUCUGGCGGCACAGUCACAAUGUGGUGUCCAAAGCUGAAGGAGCCAGUGGUCAAGAUGCUCUGCCAUCAGUCAGGCGUGCGGUCAGUGGCCAUAGAGCAGGCUGGACAGUACAUGGCCACAUCAGGUAUAGACCGCACCCUGAAGAUCUGGGACCUCCGUACCUACAAGAUGCUGCACUCCUACAAGGUGCCCAUGGGGGCAGGGCAGAUGGCCUUCAGUCAGCAAGGGCUACUGGCCACAGGCAUGGGCAAUAUUGUACAGGUGUAUAAAGACAGCUGUAGACAGGAAGUGAAGGCUCCCUACCUUACCCACAAUCUCACAUCGUCUGUACGCAGUCUGCAGUUUUGUCCAUAUGAAGAUGUUCUUGGAGUAGGGCACAGCACUGGCUUUAGCAGUCUUAUCAUACCAGGUGCUGGAGAGGCAAACUUUGAUGCCCUGGAGAGCAAUCCAUACCAAACCAAGCAACAGAGAAAGGAAGCGGAAGUGAAAAUGCUGCUUGAAAAGAUUCCUUCUGAUAUGAUACACCUGGACUCAAGCAUGAUUGUUCAGGUGGACAAGAAGGGACUCCAGGAAACAAUAGAGGAACACAACAAGAUCAAGUAUUUGAAGCCCCAAAAGAUGGAGUAUGAGCCCCGUUACAAGGCAAAGGGAAAAUCUAGGGGCCAGAAAGUCGUGCAGCAAAAGAAAGGGGUGAUUGAAGAGCAGAAAAGGGAGAUUAUAAAGGAAGCUCUUGUGGAGAAACAAACCGGCAAUCGUGCAAAGGAAGUGAAUAAACAUAGACAAGGAAAUGUUUUGGACAGAUUUAAGCGAAAGGUCGAUUAAGUAUUUAGUAUAAGGUAUUGAAGUAAAACAAUUAUAUAAUUAUUGAUUUGUUUUUACUGUUAAAUUGAUAGAUACAGUAAAUAAAAGAAACAUAAAUA